CCACAAGACGAAUCGAUAAAAUUUUCUUGCAGCAAAGUAUAAAGUAUAUUUUUCUUCCAACAAAAGUGAAAAUUCGAAAUUAACUGCGUAAAAUAUUGAACUUGCAAACUAAUUAAUAAUUUAUUUAUCGAACAAGUGCAUCUCCGUUUAAAAAACUAAACAAAUUGUUUCAUUUCUUUCAUUCGUCGUAUGUCUUUUUCCCAAACAUAAGAAAAAACGAAACUAGAAAAGAAUUACGUCUGCAGUCUUCAGUCAUUAAUUUAAAAGCCAUUUUUUAACAAUGGUGAGUACAAACCUGGUGGUGCCAGUGGUUUUGUGGGGGCCAACAGCACCAACACACUGUGUGUCCAGCGUCUAUUUGUCGGACGAUCAAACAAUUCUGGUUACUGGUUGUUACGACGGACAGAUAUGUCUGUGGCAAGUGGAACCUACCACAAUGAAAAUGACACCAAGGUGUCUUCUAGUGGGGCAUUCAGCACCAGUCCUAUGUUUGGCUAAAGCAUCAAUUCUGGCCGACAAUAAUUUCCUUGUCAGUUCCUCGGAGAACGGUGAGAUGUGCACAUGGGACUUGGUUGAUGGAAAGUGCACCGAAAGCAUCAAGCUUCCUCAAGUACACACAAACAUUCAAGCCUACCUGAUGGCCAACACAGAUGGUGUCCGAUUGUUCUGUAAUGGAUACUAUCCCGAGAUCAUGGUCAUGGAUCCGUUUAGUUUGGAGGUAAUCUUUGUGCUCAGUUCGAAGGUUAAACCCGACUGGAUAUCAGCAUUGCACGUCUUGAGACCAUCAAAACGCAAGGAUGAUGUUGUUCUGGCCAUCACAACAACAGGAACGGUCAAAGUGUGGACUUUGAUAGGCAACGAGAACAAGUACUCGGAGCCCAUUUACGAAAACGAAUCGAAGGAGAUCCGAUGCCUGAAUGCGAUUACCCUCAAUUGCUGUGCCACGAACCAGAGGACGGUUCUGAUUGUUUGCACCAAAUAUUGGCAAAUAUAUGACGCAGGAGAUUUCACUGUCUUAUGCAGUGUUAUUUCACCACCAAGGGAGCGAUGGCAGGGCGGUGAUUUCAUCUCAUCGGAUAGAGUGAUUUUGUGGUCUGAUGAGGGAAAGGGCUAUUUGUAUAAGCUUCCUGCAAACUGUAUACCAGACAAUAAGGAAUUCCAUUCAAAAUCAGUUGUUCGCGAUGCUCCAUACCUUUAUUGUGUAUUUUCUCAGCCUGGGGAGAAAAUACUCUCCUGUCCACCGGCAAUGAAGCUCAUUCAGAGAACGCAUUUGCUGCGAGGCGAUUCGGAGGGUUUGAUAACAGUUUGGUCGAUUCCAGAUUUGCCUCUGGACAACAUCAGCAUCAUGCAGGCCAAGCAAAGUCCCCCAAGAAGUCUCAAAUCGAGUGUGUGCACUAGUUUGAUCGAGGCUUGGUCAAUGAUGGAUCCUCCGCCAGUGGGCAUUCUUGACCAAUUGAGUCGCAUUACAGAUGUCCCAGUGAAACUAACUUCUAGCAUCUAUCUCCCUCAGCAGAGUCGUCUAGUGAUUGGUCGCGAAGAUGGGACGAUUGUAAUAGUUCCAGCAACGCAGACAGUAAUGUUGCAAUUGUUGGUGGGUAUUCAACAGAAUUUUAGUGACUGGCCAUCUCAUCAGAUUUUGUCGGGACAUCGCGGACGAGUUAACUGUUUGUUGUGCCCUUCGCUGGCACAUACCCGCUACGAAAAAGCCCAUCUCCUUAGUGGUGGAGUAGAUUUUGCUGUUUGCUUGUGGGACCUGUAUAGUGGAAACCUUUUGCAUAGGUUCUGUGUCCACGCUGGAGAGAUUACACAGCUGCUCGUUCCACCAGACAACUGCAGUGCCAGAAUACAGAAGUGUAUUUGUUCCGUGGCAUCAGAUCAUUCGGUGACUUUGUUGAGUUUGCAGGAGCGUAAGUGCAUCACACUGGCAAGUCGUCAUUUGUUCCCGGUGGUGACAAUAAAAUGGAGACCCUUAGAUGACUUCCUCAUAGUUGGUUGCUCAGAUGGCACAGUGUAUGUGUGGCAAAUGGAAACUGGGCAUUUAGAUCGCGUGCUCCAUGGAAUGUUAGCCGAAGAAGUUCUCAUGGCGUGUGAUGAGCAGGCGAACACGGAAGAAACACAAUCCGGGUCCACGUCGGAGAUGGGCUUGGCAAAUCCGGCUGUACAUUUCUUCCGUGGCCUUAAGUCUCGAAAUCUCAACGCCAUCCGACACGCAACUCAACGAGGAAUACACCAAUUGCAACAGCUUCAUUCCAGCCACCAUGGGGAAAAUUCGUUCCUGAUGAAGCAUCGUAGCAGUCCACUCAUAAUCCAGGGCUUGAGAACUAAUCCCAAGGACGCUGAAAGUCACAUUUUAUUCUUUGACAUUGAGGGACUGAUAUUUGAAUUGCAUAGCGAGGAGUAUGCAACGUUAAGCCCGGAAGCUCUUGCCGAAUUGGGAUUGGCUUUUGCAGCUCAAGGUGCGCAAUCGGCGCAAUUGGAUGCCUCCAAGAAAAUCUCGGACUUCUUUGGAAAGGUUAAGAACAAAGCUGGUGAUAUGGAAAAAAUUCUUAAAGACAAAGACAAGCAUGGUUUCCUUCAGAAAGUCAAAGAAGGAGCAGAAAAUAUUGAGAAAAAAGUCCAAGCCAAAGUCGAGAGUCUCCAUAAAGCCGUCGAAGUAAGUGACGAUAAGACCGAGGAGAACAGUCGCAGAAUUGUAUCUAAAAUGGAAGCGACACACGUUAUGGAAGUGGCCCAGUUAUUGCUGUCAUUGUUGCAUUCAUGGGGACUUGAUCCGCAUUUGGAUAAAGUAUGCGAGUCUCAAUUGGGUCUUCUUCGGCCAAUGGUGCCUAUUUCGUUUGGUGUUCUAUCCAAAGCUGGUUACAUGUCGCUAUUGCUGCCAACUUGGCAAAAUAAUUUCCAAAUAUCAGACGAUAUGUUGAUGAUUCCUGCUGCCGAGUUGAAAAAGUUUCAAGGUAUCCCACCAGAAUUGGCCCGUCAACAGAAACUAACGCAUAUUUUCACGUCUCGCCUGCAUUGGCAGCUUAGCACAACAUUAACAUCGAAUCAUAUUCUAGCCCUGGUGGCGAUGUCCAAUACCCUUAUGUCAAUGAGAUCGGCUUCUUUCCUACCGGAGAGCGAAAAGAGCAAAAAAUUGCAGCGUUUAGCAACGCGUGCGGACUCAGUUUGGUCCAACGAUGAGGAGCGUGAAGAAAUCAUCAACACGCACAUGAAUCAAAUAAAACAGGGCUGGAGUUUGCUCUCAACUCAUCAUUGUUUCCUAUUGCCUGACAAGAUAGACGCUCUUGAGCCGAAGAACUUCAAGCGCCCCCAAGUCGAGGCAAUGGCUAAACGCUGGCAGCAUCAUUGCAUUGAGAUAAGAGAGGCAGCUCAGCAGAUACUCUUGGGUGAACUAACGCGUAUGGGUAAGAGGGGUCGCAAGCAACUUGUUGAAAAUUGGGCACAAUAUCUACCCCUCUACACACACUCUGAGCCAAUCGUUCAACAACAACCUCUGAUGUCGGCAGGGAAUGUAGCAGGUGGGGCAACUGGCGCACCAGGUACAAACGCAGGUGCUGCACUGCAAUCUACAGAACCUCAGGACGAAGACUACGAGGAAGAAGAGGAGGAGAUAAUAAGAAAACCGGCUAGUUUGGCAGAACUAAAGCGUAAGCAGAAUACAGCGGUCAUUUUGUUGGGUGUGAUUGGAGCCGAGUUUGGGCAAGACAUUUCCCAAGAUAGCCCCAAGAAUGGCCCCGGUAAGUCAACAACAACUGGCGAACGCCGAAAGAGUUCUGUCGUCGAAGGAUUUGGUAUAGCAAACAACCUAGCACGGUUGACGUCGAUGGCAUUGGCACAUUUGCUCUACGCUCCACCAUCGGCCAAAUUGCCCCAAUACACACCAUUACGUCGCGCAGCUAUUGACCUUCUAGGACGCGGUUUCACAGUAUGGGAACCCUAUCUGGAUGUUAGCAAAGUUCUGUUGGGUUUGCUGGAGAUAUCAUGUGAUGCUGGGAAAUUGGUGCCAAAUUUGAACUACAAACUGCCUCUCACUCCGCAGGCAGAUGCCUGCCGCACGGCCAGACAUGCUCUUCGCCUAAUAGCAACCGCCCGUCCAGCAGCAUUCAUAACUACAAUGGCUCGCGAAGUCGCUCGCUACAACACAAUGCAACAAAACGCUCAAACAAUAAACGUCCCGCUAACUCAGUCCGUUUUGUAUAAAGCCAAGGGCGAAAUACUACAAUGUGUAGAAAUGCUAAUUGACAAAAUGCAGAGCGAGAUUGCGAGCCUUCUGGUCGAAGUUAUGGACAUCACCUUGCAUUGUGUGGACGUGAACGAGCUAAAGAACCGAGGCCUCAACGAAGUAUUCCCAAGCAUUUGUAAAUUCAAUCAAAUUUCACACUGCCCACAGAGUCGCCGCAUCUCAGUGGGAGCCAGCAAUGGGCAUCUUGCAAUCUAUGAGCUGCGUCAGAAUAAAUGUCAAAUGAUUCCGGCGCAUACGCACCAAAUAACUGCGUUAGCGUUCAGUCCCGAUGGCAAAUACUUGGUCAGCUAUUCGUGCAGCGAAAAUCGACUGUCCUUCUGGCAAACAAGCACAGGAAUGUUUGGUCUUGGCCAAUCUCAAACUCGAUGCACAAAAGGCUAUUCGACAGCACCCAUUCCCGAUGUUGUGCGCUUGAAUCCGAUGCGUUUGGCCAAAUUGUACUGGAUAAAUAAUCGAACAGUUAGUCUAAUGUUGGCUGAUGGUUCAGAAACCAGAUUUAAUGUUUAAAUUAUUAUUUUAUUUUAUUAUAUUUUAUCGUUUGUUUCUUGUUUACUUUUAUUUGUUUAUUUCAUUCCUUAUAGUAUUAUAAUAACAAAUGAUUGAAAAAAAUAUAAUUUUUAAAUCAUGAAUUUUUUUUAUUUAUAUUGAAAAUUGUUAAAUAUUAAUAAAUUAUAAAAACAAACUGUUAACGUUGUACGUCGUGUUUAUCUAUCAAAAAUUUCAACAAAACUCAAAAAUAUAUUUAACAAUAAACAACUAACAAUGGCAAUCUAAUUGAUAUGUAUAUGUUACAAUAUUGUAUUUUGCUUUUCAAUAUAACUAUACCAAAUAAAAUUAUUAAAUAUUGA